CGCUUCGACAUCGACAGAGACUGGAGCGACAUUUAAAGAGGCAGCCGAAGCUCGAAGGUCUGGCUUCUUCUUGCAGAAGGACUCUGAGCCUUCGUUGGCCGGGGGAGGAAAAGGCGGGCACGCCGCGGAGCAGCACUAAGAAAUUGAAUGCUUUCCUUGUUCUUGUUUCUUCGAGAGAAUAUGUGCUGACUUCAUCCGGUGCUCUGUUUAACACUUCACCUCUGGAAAAAGUGUAAGGGAGGCAUAAAAAGGCAAAGGGCAUGGAGAGUAAAAAACUGAUUUCUGCUACAGACAUUCAAUACUCUUCAAAUCUGCUGAACUCCUUGAAUGAACAGCGUGGCCAUGGACUCUUCUGUGAUGUUACUGUUAUUGUGGAAGACCGGAAAUUCCGGGCCCAUAAGAACAUCCUUUCAGCCUCCAGUACAUACUUCCAUCAACUCUUCUCAGUCGCUGGGCAAGUUGUUGAACUGAGUUUUAUAAGAGCUGAGAUUUUUGCAGAAAUUCUGAAUUAUAUGUACAGCUCUAAAAUUGUCCGUGUUCGAGCAGAUUUGCUUGACGAGUUAAUUAAAUCGGGGCAGUUACUAGGAGUGAAAUUUAUAGCAGAGCUUGGUGUCCCACUGUCACAGGUUAAAAACAUAUCAGCACAGGAUGGUUCUGCUGAGACCCUGCCUCCUGGUUCUAAUGACAAAAGCCUUGAUAUAGAAAAGUCAAAGGAUGAAACCCAAGAUAAUGGGGCUACGGUAAUGCCCAUUAUAACAGAGUCUUUUUCAUUAUCUGCUGAAGAUUAUGAAAUGAAAAAGAUCAUUGUUACUGAUUCUGAUGAUGAUGAUGAUGAUGUCAUUUUCUGCUCUGAGAUUUUGCCUGCAAAGGAAGAUUUUCCAAGCAACAACACAGUGACACAGGUCCAGCCUAACCCAGCCCCUGUUGCUAUUUCAGAAGUGACACCUUGUGCUAGCAAUAACUCCCCCACUUUAGCAAGCAUCACACCUACUCAGAAGCUCCUCACUCCUGUGAAUCAGGCAACUCUUAGCCAGACACAAGGAAAUGAAGAACUGUUGGUGUCUUCAGCUUCAACACGCCUGACUCCAAACAUUAUUUUGUUAAAUCAGGCUCCACUUCCUGCACCAGCAAGUGUCAGUUCUGCACUUCCAAAUCAUAUGUCCUCGUCAAUCAGUUUACUUGUGCAGAACCAGCAAACAACAAACAGUGCUGUUUUGACAGGAAACAAGGCCAAUGAAGAGGAAGAGGAAGAGAUUAUAGAUGAUGACGAUGUCACUAUUAGCUCUAGUCCAGACUCAGCAGUUAGUAAUACAUCUUUGGUUCCACAAGCUGAUACCUCCAAAAGUACCACUUUUGAUGGAUCAUUGACACAGAAGAUACAGAUUCCUAUACUUCUUCAAGAGCCACCUUCCAAUUCUAUAAAAAUUUCAGAUGUGAUCACAACAAACACUAAUGAUCCAGGUUUAGGAUCAAAACAUGUAAUGGAGGGUCAGAAGAUCAUUACGUUAGAUACGGCUACUGAGAUUGAAGGCUUAUCAACUGGUUGUAAGGUUUAUGCAAAUAUUGGUGAAGAUACUUAUGACAUAGUGAUCCCUGUCAAAGAUGACCCUGAUAAAGGGGAGACCAAACUUGAGAAUGAGCUACCAAAAACAUCUGGCAGUGAGCCAGCAAACAAGCGUAUGAAAGUAAAACAUGAUGAUCACUAUGAGUUAAUAGUAGACGGAAAGGUCUAUUAUAUCUGCAUUGUAUGCAAAAGGUCAUAUGUCUGUCUUACAAGCUUGCGAAGACAUUUUAACAUUCAUUCUUGGGAGAAAAAGUAUCCAUGCCGUUACUGUGAGAAGGUAUUUCCUCUUGCAGAAUAUCGUACAAAGCAUGAAAUUCAUCACACAGGGGAGCGAAGGUAUCAGUGUUUAGCAUGUGGCAAAUCUUUCAUCAACUAUCAGUUUAUGUCUUCACACAUAAAGUCGGUUCAUAGUCAAGAUCCUUCUGGGGACUCAAAGCUUUAUCGCUUACAUCCAUGCAAGUCUUUACAGAUCAGACAGUAUGCAUACCUUUCUGAUAGGUCAAGACCUGUCAUGAAGGAUGAUGCUAAUGGGUAUAAGGCUGAUGCUGGAAAAGAGCCUCCAGUAGGGACCACAUCUACCCCUCAAAACAAGCCAAUGACCUGGGAAGAUAUUUUUAUUCAGCAAGAAAAUGAUUCCAUGUUUAAGCAGAAUGUAACCGAUGGCAGUACUGAGUUUGAAUUUAUAAUACCAGAAUCUUAUUGAACUCUUGAAAUAUCAGGAACUUUGGGUUGAAUUAAGGGGCAGGGAUUUCAGAAGACCUUUUAAACAAGUCAAGGUGAAGUUAUAUUAAUUUGAUCUGCCACUUCAUCUGAAAGUAGUCUAGUUGCAUUGUUAAUUUUUAGAAACAGUUUUUUCCCUGAAAGUUUGAUUAGAGAUUGAACACCUCCUGAAGUAUAUGUAUAGUUUAGCUUUCAGCACAUUUUAAAGAGAUACAUUUUUGAAGGUCCAGGGAGAUAGUUUUCUUAAUAGAAUUUGAAGCAGUCUAAAUGUUCUUUGAGAAUUACUGAAGUUACUAAUAUACCCUAGUGCAGCUUAUAACGUUCCCCUUCCAUGUUAGCACUUUACUGCUGAUUUUUCAAGUCUCUUAAUGUUAAGGCUAAGUGUGUUGUAUCUUGUAUGUGGCAUAAAAGGUAAUAAACUUCCAAAAAUUGUUCUAAUAAAUUUCAGAAUAAGCCCUCACUUGGUGGUUUAUUCUGUUAGUCCAAAUGGAGAUCAGCCUCCUUCCUCCCUCCCACCGUAAAAGAGCCGUGCAGACAAGUCUCUCCUAUGAAGAACAGGUUCGUUUUAGCUACCUUGGAUUAGCCAUUGCUUUUAUUGUCAUAGGCUGAAAACAAUUGGACAGCAAGGCCACUGUAUACCUAUAUAUUGUGUUCUCUGGGCAAAAAAAGAGCUAGCAGACAUGCAUAUAGUACAAACAGGAAGUUAUUUUGUGCUUAUCGUUACUCUUUGUCUUUGAUAUGAUAGCAGCAUUGGAGUUGAAUAGAGAUUUCCUUUUUUAAAUCAUGAUUUUAAAAUGUUCCUACAAAAUGUUGUGAAUUUAUUAUCUGAAAGCCACCAAAUGCAUCUUUAUAUGUAAUGCUAGUAUAUAUUGCAAUUCCAUAGAUGAGACUCAUGUAUUUUGGGUGAGAAGCUGCUGGCAUACAUUUUUAAAUGCUCAUGUUAGAAUCCCCAGUAGGAAGUUUUCAUUUUAAGCAGUUUAAAUGGGCAAUCCAGCAUUGUCCUUUCAACAAGAUCUUUCAGGUUUUUUUUUAACCCCUUAAACAAAGUUCUAAUCUAUUUACAAACUGCUGCUGUACUGUAGCAGAAACUACAUGUGGAAUACUGAAGGCAUGUUGGUUCCUGUUUAUUUUGACGAUAAUACCAGCUUUCUUUUAAGAUGGCACAUAUUUAAACACUUAGAAGAAUUUUAAAUUUACCCAAGAGGUAGUAAUAAAAGAAAGCAGGUUGGAACAGGUGUAUAGCUUAGCAUUUAUAACAAAUUUAACACAAUUCUGUAUAAAUUGAACAUAAUUUUUUGCAAUGGAAAAAUAGUAAAUACUGAAAUUGGUUGUUGUUGCAUAGUUAUUAGUCAUUUGUGACCUUGCUUGUAUAUUUCCUAGUUCAGCAUAGGUAUUUUCAUCCUCCUUUGUAUUUUUUUUAAUUUUCUAUUCCUUGACUUUGAACUUAAAGCUUUAAUCAUCCUUUCUCAUGUACAGGUUAUCCUUCUGGUGGUAAACUAGGUGUGAAGAGAAAAGUUUUAAGUGUUUUUUUAAGUUGGUAGCUGAGGGUAUCAUGAAUCAGUAUUUGCAAUAAUACAGAGAAAAAGGAUAGCCCCCACUUACUAAGAAGUAGAGCACUGUAAAUUGAUGUUUUCUUUCUGGUCAGCUUGGGCCUUCAAAUCACAAACUAACUCCUAGAAAACUUAAAAUCACCUCAUAACUCAAGACUCUAAUCUUUGAUCACAAUAUAUCCAUUUCCUUUCUCUGUAGAUAUUGAUGCACUGCUUUUGACUAUUCACAUAUGUUCUCAGUUUCAUGAAUACAGUUUCAGCAGUUAGACAUAAUUACUUCUACAACUGUGAGCCAUAGUGAUAUUUCCAUUUCAACUGCUAUAUAACUUAGUUUGUUACAAUGAAACUUGCUAGUUCCUACAAGCCUGUUAUGAAGGACUGGAAGUUCUAUAAUGGAAAAGUCUACACUGCCGUUGUGUUCUGUAAAUUUCAAAUAAGAACUUUUAAAUUUUGUGCCUACUGAAAGUAGCUUCUGGAGUUUACAGGGAGGAGGAGAACUAGUAAGUUAAUUAGUAAUUUUGCCAGGAAGACUCUUACUUAAACAUGUUUUGGGUCUUUUGUUGUUGUUGUUGUUGUUUCUCCAGGCAGGGGAGUUUCUCUGUGUAGCCUUGGCUGCCUUGGACUCACUCUGUAGACCAGGCUGGCCUCAAACUCACAAGAGAUCUGCCUGCCUCUGCCUUCCCUGAGUGCUGGGAUUAAAGGUGCGUGCCACCACACCCCACAAGGGGGGUUCUUUUUUGAAAAAAAAUAAAUAAAUUUUCAUAUCCGAAGUUCAAAGUUUUUGUGGGAUACUUCUUUAGACAAAAACUCUUUACUUCUAGCCAGUAUUGGAUUGGAAAUUCUAGCAAGAAGCUGUUUAUAACCUACUGUGAAGAUUUUUUUUUUACUUAGCUUUUUGACUACUGAAUUUUCUAUUUUUUUUUCAAGUUGGCUUCGAUUUUCUCAAAUGCUAAACUAUUCUUAGCUAUUCUGAGUAGAUGCUAUUUGAUUCUAAAUAGUUUAAAGUAAAUUUGUUUAAAGAACAAACUAACAUUUUUAAAAGGCUAUAGUACUCUUACAAGAUUAAGAUAUUUUAUUAUUUUGGUGCUCACUAUCCUCCACACAGUCAUCAAAGAAUUUGUUCCAUUGGACUAAAAGGAUUUUAAAAAAUGAACCCUGAUCUAGGCAUUUAACAGUGUUAUAGUAUGUGUAUUUUGAGGAAUGUAAAUUCCACAGCAAUGGCUUCCUUACCUCUGUUAGUCAUCUGAAACCUUGUUCAUUUCCCCAACUGUAAUUUUCUUAUUUGUACAAUCUUCCUUAUCAUGACAUGAGUUCUGCUUUUUAUUAACAAUUGCCUGGUGUUAGUUCAUAGAUUUUCUUAUGACAAAAUAAAAGGUAUUCAUUCUAA